AUGUCACGUCCUCGGGCUCUGUCGGGCGCUGAUGCCCCGAAGGAACCACAUGCCGUCUCUCUAAAAGUGCUGCGCCUUGCGCGCCCAUCGCUUGCUUAUCAGCAUCCCCUCCCGACAUCCAACACCACAAUUUCCGCGAAAGCCUCCUUAAGUUAUCCAUCCGACCACUCCGAUAGUCAAUUCAUACUAACGCCUCUUCUUACCCUACCCCCCUCCUUCGGAUCCGUCUACGUCGGAGAAACCUUCGGAUGCACACUCAGCGCGAAUAAUGAGAUCGGUGAUGGCGACGAUGCGAGAGUCCUCACAUCAGUGCGCAUAGUGGCCGAAAUGCAGACGCCUUCCUCAGUCACCACACUGGAACUGGAGCCACCCAGCGACUCGGCAACAACCGACGGCCUUAAGAUCGGCCAGUCAUUACAAAAGAUCGUACGGUUCGAUCUGAAGGAAGAAGGAAACCACAUACUAGCAGUCAGUGUCAGCUAUACAGAGACGAAAAUUGGUUCAGACUCGCAGGCAGCUAGUGGCCGGGUCAGGACUUUCCGCAAGUUAUAUCAGUUCGUGGCACAGCCUUGUUUAAGCGUUCGGACCAAAGCAUCUGAACUCCCGCCACUCGAGGUCGAUAAUAAGACGCUCGGUCCGUACGGGAAAGCGAGACUAGUCCGGUUUGCCCUGGAGGCACAGCUGGAAAACGUGGGCGAAGGUGCGGUAGUAGUCAAGCAAACGAAACUAAAUCCCAAGCCACCGUUCCAAUCAAAAUCGCUAAACUGGGACACGCUGAACCCAGACAUGUCCACCACGACGUUACCAACUCUCAAUCCCCGGGAUGUCCUGCAAGUGGCAUUCAUAGUAGAACAAGAAGAAGGCCAGAAUGAGGGUCUUGAAACCCUACAGAAGGACUUGAAGCGGGACGGUCGUGCCACGCUGGGCCAGUUGUCGAUCGAAUGGCGCGGUGCCAUGGGGGACAAGGGGUUCCUGACGACAGGCAACCUGAUGAGUCGGAAACGCAGCUGA